UUUUGAGUACCAUUUUGUCGCAUAACAUUUUUUCGUCCUUUACUUUAGUACCAUUUAGUCGUUUUUUGCUUGUACCCUUUUGUCAGGUCAGGUUUUUAUUGAAUUUUCGUUUGGAUUUUAAAGAUUUUUUAAAUUUUUUUUUCAUUCAAGUCUAUUUUAGUAUUCUUUAAAAAAAUGUACAACAACGUUGGUUUGUCAACAGCUCGUGGUUCCGGUACAAAUGCUUAUGUUCAAUCAAAUGUUGCUAAUCUUAGCUUUUCACGGAAUAAAAUCGUUUACAAUGCUGAAGAAGACAUUGCUCGUGCCGAAGCAGAAGUAAAUAAAGCACCAAAUUUGGAAUUGUUGGAUCAUGAAUAUAAACGGUUAAUUGAAAUUAAAUGUGUGGAAUUUGAAGAUUUGAUGGAAGGAAAGGGUUUUAGUGAAGAAGAAAUCAAUUCAAAAGUUAGCGAGUAUCGCAAACUUUUGUUUAAUGAAUUUGAAAGUGGCCGUCUAAAUAUGGAUGCAGAAUUGGAUUCACGAAAUUCACAUUCUCGUGCAAAAGUUGCGAAGCAAGGACGAAGCAAUAUGCGAUGGGCAUUGGGUAUUGAUGCUUCUUUUGUUGAUGGUUCUUCAAUGGAGAAACUUAAAAAAGCAAGCACAACAAUCCUCAAAGAAGCAAAUAUUACUCAAGAUAAAGCUGCACUUGAAAAAGAAAUGGAAAAAUCUAUGAUGGAAAAACUCUUGGAAAAGAUCAAGAAAAAGCGCGAACAGAAGAAGGAAAUUAAAAAGAUGAAGAGGGCAAUGCGUAAAAAGAAUAAAGAUGAAAGCGACGAUUCUUCAUCAUCUGAUUCAGAUUCCUCAGACUCAUCUUCCACAGAUUCUUCCUCCUCGGAUGACUCAUCAGACAAUUCUUCUCUAUCAGACUCUUCAUCAACUUCAAUUUCUUCCUCUUCCCCAUCUGACGAAAAACACAAAAAGAAGAAAGGAGGAAAGAAAAGAAGCGAGAAGAAAUUAAAAAAGCCAAAAAGUGAAGAUGAUGAAGAAGAGCAACAAAUUCCAUCUUUGAAGAAAGACGCUAAAAGAAGCAAAAACCACAGCAAAAUUCAACAAUCUGAACUUUUAGUGCCAAAAGAAGAACCACAAGAAGAAUCAAAUUUUAAUGAAAAUCGUCGAAAAGAUUAUAAAAAACGAGGAGAAAGAGGAGAAGAAUAUAAAACUCGGCAUGAAGAUAGAAAUCGGGACAAAAAUGUUUCGCGUAGCACCGCAGCUGAUUUCUUUGAGGAUGAAGAUCAAAAUAACAACAGUAAUCUUCCCGCGCAGUAUCGACACUCAACAAAUGACCGUGAAAGAAAUCGAAAAAGUGGAGAUGACAAAGAAUAUAGACGAAAAAGAAGACAUGAACAUGAGGAUGGGGAUGACGAUAAUCGUGACCGUUAUAGACGGCGUUCACGAUCUCCAGAAUAUAGAAGAGAAAGAAAGGAAAGACGAAAUAGGGGUGAGUAA